AACGACACCGUACGGGAGAAAACACGAAACCUUCGCAAACCAUAAACCCUAACACCAGAGCUUUUUCUUCUUCUUCUUCUUCCUUUCUGCGAACCGGAAAUGGCUUCACGAAAGCUCUUCUCUUCGCUACUCCGUUCACCUCUCAUUCGCUCUCCACCGGAAUUCAAUUUUCCGACCUACAUCCGUCAAAUCUCUUACUCCAACCUCACCUCUCUUUCUCCGAACCCCGUUACAGUGUCUCCUCCGACAAAUGUAUUCUCUAGAGUUGAGUCUGGUAAUGGUUUGACUAGAUUAGCUUCAUUUCAACGUGGUUCUACGCUUGUCCCUCAUUUCCGAAGCAAGUUUAUGUCUACCGAGACAAAUUCUGUUGAUUCUUCUGAAGAUAAUUCCUUACUAGGACCUGAAGUGCCUCGUCCCAUGAAAUUUAAAAGAUUAGAUAAAACUGCAAGGCACAUUAUGCAGAUUUUAGACAAGGAAGCAGUGGAGGAGGUGAAAGAACAGAGAGAGAUGCCUGAUAUAAAGCCUGGCUAUAUUGUGCAGCUCAAAGUGGAAGUUCCGGAAAACAAGAGGCGUGUUUCUAUUAUAAAAGGGAUUGUUAUCGCAAGGCGUAACUGUGGACUCCAUACUACAUUCAGACUUAGAAGGAUGGUAGCUGGGGUUGGGAUUGAGUCUCUAUUCCCACUGUAUUCACCUAACAUAAAGGAGAUAAAGGUGCUGGACAAGAAGAAAGUGAGAAGAGCCAAACUCUACUACCUGAGGGAUAAAAUGAAUGCACUUAGAUAAAACACUAACACUAAUCUUUAUCAUGUUGGAAAAUUUUUGUGAUUAAUAAUUUAUACUCGGUAUCUCCAUUUGUAUUCACAUGCAUUCUUCUGUUUUGUUGUCAAUUAAGAUUCUUUAUUUCAAUAUGGCUUAUGAACACCCAGAAUUAUACAUUUUCAUA